AUUCCAGUAGAAUUUUUCAGUUAAGAAAAAACCUGUUACAAAAUUGUCAAAGAUCCCAGACUAUCUAUAUUCUUUGUUACAGAAGUCAGUCACAUGUGAAAAUCAACAAAAUCAGUUUAAAAAUCUUGCGGCAGAAUACCGGGUACCAAGAUGUGUUUGCUGAAAACGAUUUUGAUCUCGGAAACAUUAUAGAGAUUGAACAUACAAUGGAUACCGCAGUCAGGUUAAGGCCUCCUAUAUAUUUCAGUUCCUGAAUAUCACGUGACCUUUCAUGACGUUAGCUCCGCCCAUGUCAUGUUUUCAUCUUUUUUUUAAUUUUGAUUUAGUAAAGCGAUCACUGUUGAAAUUUAUCGAUUGAUUGCUUUGAAUAAUCAUUUUAAGUUUUAUUUUAAACAAUAUUGAAUCGAAAAUCUAUGAUAAAAUGCGUUUAUUUCUUAAAACUGCAUUGUCGUUUGCUUACCCUCCGCGUCAACAUAGCGCUUUUACUCGCCUUGUUUUGGUUGCGAACAGCUGACAGCGGUGUGUCAACAUUUUCAUAAGAUGCAUGGCCUGCAAGACGUGGAAGAUGCAGCUCAACUAUCAUUUAAGAGAUUAUAAAGAACCACAGGGCAGAUUUCAACCAAAUUUGGCACAAAGCAUCACUAGAUGAAGGGGAUCCAAAUUUGUUCAAAUGAAGGGCCACACCUCUUUAAAGAAAAGACUCCUUCCUUAAACAUCACAGUGAUAAUUACAACUGUUGUCAGUUGUGCAUACGAGCAUAUAGUACUUCAACGUCGAGACAUUCCAGUCCGAGGCAAAACAAGGAAGGUAUCAAUGUACUAAAAUUACAUAUUUACCACAAAGAGACGCUUUGUCGUUUCCAGCCCAAAGACAUAAGCUAGCAAACAACCAAAAACUAUGAUGAGAUGUUUUCACCGAUUAUAUCUAUGGUCUGUUAUAGGUGUGUAUCGAAAUCAUACUCCUAAAAUUGCAAUUGGUGAUCUUAUGAAUUUAUGUGGAUUUAUUAGUAUUGACUAUUCAUUGCUAUAUCUUAAAAUGCACUGAACAUGGAAGGGUGCAGACGUUUACUGUUUUUCGCAUGUAUGUGUUUAUUUAUUUUUAAGCGUGAAACCAACGCUAGCCCAAAGUCUGAAUGUAAUGCCAGUACGGAUUGUGGGGAAAAUGCAGUAUGUGAUACUUCUGAUACCGAUAAUGUAUGUGUUUGUAAACCCGGUUUUUUUGACAACCCUCCCAUCAUUACCGCCUUAUCGGACGGGUGCCCUGGGGAAUGCGGUGAGUUUGGAGAGACCGAUCAGUGCAAGGGAAACACCCUGUGUACCCAAACACCGCAAGGAUAUGGAGUAUGUACUUGUCCAGCGAAUACCUACGGACCACCAGAAUGUCUUGCUGAAAGUUCCACCACAACAGAGAAAUCCCGUAGAAACCUGAUCCUGGUUUAUGGAGCCCUGACCAUUCCUCUGCUUUUCCUUGUCCCUGCUGCUCUUGCCAGCGGUCUGAGUCUAGGCUGAUUAUGUUAACUACUAUGUCAAAACAGGGAAUUAAAUAAAUGAA